AUGCUGAGUGGAAUAGCCCGGAUGUCACUAGCGAAAGCAGCAAUGGCGGCGUGGACUGCUCAUGUAGAAUUUUUGCGGGGCAGAACAUCGACUGUAAUCGAUAAAUUAUCAAAUGUAUACACUGAAGUGCCCAAGGCAGUCCAGCUGAAAGGAUACAGAAACUGGGUCCAGGGUUACAUUCACGAUAUUCUCGCUUCCCACCCACGGCAGUCUAAAACCACCUGUGCUGGUAUCAGCGGCAUAAACAUCAGAGCAGGGGCUCGGUUGAGCUCCCCGGGCCUGUCGGAGGAUGGACAGCUUCUUCAGGGCUGCCGUGUGUGAGCUGGACAAGCUGCUCGACGACUUUGAGCAGAACGAAGAGGAGCCUGGACGUGCUGCAGCUGAAGUGUCAUCCUGUUCCCCCGCCUCCUCGGAACCUUCCGAAUGCCAUUUCGCACCCCUCGGUCUGCCUGAGGGCUUUCCGCCCAUCGUCGCCGGGGUCGAGAGCGUUGGCGAAUCUGGGCGGACGGCUUCACCAAGCAAAUCGGAAGUCCCCGUUCCCCUUCAGAGCGGGGCAGAGGAGGUCGUGCUCCAAAAUGGCGGGUCGCUGAGUUGUGAUUUUACAGCGAGCCGCAUCGCCGGCGGAGUGCCCAACCUCGCCGCGGAGCCCGGAGGCGGAAACGCUGGCGGGGAAGACUUGGAGCUGCGCCGUGGCACGCAGUUAGACCACCAGGGGGCACCGUUGCGGGACGACGUGGGCAUUCUCCCCACAUUCUACCCUCCUGUGUCUGUUGUUGACCCUGCAGAGAUUGAAGAGGCGGGGGUCAUGGAUGAAGACGGCUUCUGUUUGACAAGAGAUGCCUUUCCCCCCGUGUUUCAGGUGCAGAGGACGUUUUCAGUAGAUGAUGCGGUGAGCCAUUUGACCUGUAGGGGGAGUGUUUCUGACCAUUAUAGAGGAAUAGCCAGGCCACUUUCUGGGAGUCUUCCUCCAGUGGCAUCCUUGUACUGUGUCAUCACAGCCCCCUCGUCCCCUCGAUCUCCGUCCCGCCCUCGCACCGUGCGCCCCGAACCCCCACCACACGUCCCGGACGACAUCCUGCUGCAGAACGAGCGAGCACCCGUGCCGGUCACGGAUGAAGAGCUGGACGCCUUCCUGCUGGGGCAGGCGGAGAAAGAGGGCGGGAGCGCGGGGCGGACCCCGGAGAAACGCGUGGACAAGGGCUUCUCCGAGACGAACGGAAGCCCGGAGGAAGGCCCCGACCCCCCGCUGGGGUACGAGGGAGAGGGCGGGGAGAACACAGAGCCCAGGGGCUCCAUUGGACGUGACGCUGACCUGAAGCCUUCACCUACGGUGAUAGAUGAUGAGGACUCCCACUUCUCUCCGACUCUGGACCAGAGCCCGUGUGAGGUGGAUCUGGCCAGGGGGGGUAUCCAGGAGGAGGCGUUCGACGGCGCCCCUCACUGCCCCAACCUUGCUGCUGGCCGGCGCCUCCAUUGUGGAGCGAAAAGGGACAAACGGCAGCGGUUUGGCCAGAGUCCCAGCACCCUGGAGGCUGAGGAAAACAGCAAGAAUACACAUGCUCCGCCCACUGGAGAAAUCUCAGCCAGUCACAUCCAUGCUCCUCCCCCAGCCCCUGCUUUUGGCGAAGAUGUCCCUAGCCUGCCUGCGGUGGGGUCCGGCCGUGCUCGCCGAAAGACGUACGAGAACAGCUCUGGUUGCGACCAGCUUUCUGAAGCCCCGCCCUCCCCCUCCCCCUCCCCCUGCAGGCGGGAGGACUCCGCCCCUCCGGUCGGGGAGCGGAGAGGGCGCCGCAGUCUGGGGGCGACGCAGCCCUCCUGGGUGCCCGACUCGGACGCCCCCAGCUGCAUGAACUGCCUGCAGCGCUUCACCUUCACCAAGAGGAGGCACCACUGCCGGGCGUGCGGCAAGGUGAGCGCGUGCGCACGGCCUGCUGGGUCCCAGCCCGACUGCGGAUCCACUGAAGGUCCACCGAAGGUCGUUCAACUCAACGCCUCUGUGUACUGCGGAGUGUGCUGCAACAGGAAGUGCCGGCUGAGGUAUCUGGAGAGGAACGCCAGGGUGUGCACCGUCUGCUACGAAGCCAUUCACAAAGAAAGUGCAUCUGCUCGAACCCUGCUUCUAAGUGGACCGUUACUGGAUGAGGGGGAAUACAGUCAAGAGAGGACUAUGAGCCCCAGGGGUCCCAGCCCCAACCCCAACGCCCCGUCCGAGUACUGCUCCACCGUACCACCCCUGCAGCAGGCCCGCACCUCCGGGACCCUCAGCUCUGCUCCGCCCACUGUCAUGGUGCCCGUCUCCGUACUCAAGCACCCCGGCAACGAGGGUCCCCCCGCAGCGUUACCUCGAGAGCAGCGGCGUGUGUGGUUUGCUGACGGGCUUCUGCCGAACGGGGAGGUCGCGGACACCACCAGGCUCUCCGCAGGGGGCAACAAGAGGAGCUCCGUGGACUCCAGCUCUGUCACAACAGAGCCCCCGGUGGUGAAGGGAACAUUGGACCCACAGGCGAAGGUCUCGCAGGAGAACGGGCCCGCGGAGGGCCAGGGAGCAGAAGAGCGCCCCCCAGUGCCAGGGCCCUGGGACUACAGCCUGCUGUGUAGAGUGGCUGGCUGUGUGGAGAGAAACAGCAGCCUUCUGCCAGAGGAGGAGGAGGGUCUACCCCCCCUGCUCAUCAUCACUGAGGAGGAACUUGGAGGAGAUGUGUUGACACAAGAGCGCCCCUCCCCCAGCCAAAUCCUGCGACUCCUGGAAGAAGGGGGGCCACAACCUUUGACCUUUGUACUCAACGUCAACCUGCUCGUCAACGUGAAGCUGGUCACCUACUGCGAAAGGAAGUGCUGGUUCUUCGGCUCCAAUGGGCUCCGGGGGGCGGGGCAGCAAGAGCUGGUUUUCCUCAUCCAGAAGCUGCCAGAAGAGGGCGCUGUCCCCAGAGACAUCUUCAGCCUCUACAUCAGGAUAUACCAGGAUGCCCAGAGAGGGAGGUUUGUGGAGGACCUGGGCAGCCUGACGCCGGAGGACAGCUUUCUGGGCAGCGGGGAGCACGGCGGGUUCCUGUUCUUCUCUCCCACCCACCAGCCCCUGGGGGGCCUCUCUCUUCCCCCGCCGCCCUUCCUGUGCGGGGUUCUGGUCCUCAGACCGGAGGUGCCCUGGGCCAAAGUGUUCCCCCUGCGCCUGUUGCUCCGGCUCGGGGCCGAGUACAGCGUCUAUCCCAGCGCGCUGGUGAGCGUGAGGUCCCGCAAGGCCGUGUACAGGGAGACGGGGCACACGAUCAUGAACCUGCUCGCUGACCUCAGGAACUUCCAGUACAGCCUGCCCGUGGUGGAGGGUCUGCAGGUGCACAUGGAGAUGGGAAACAGCUACAUCCUCAUUCCCAAAGCCAGAUUUACUCAGAUGAUGAAAGUGGUGAAUUCGUCCAAUGAGCACGUGAUCAGUGUGGGCGCCAGUUUCAGCCGGGAGGCUGACUCCCACCUGGUCUGCUUCCAGAACGAGGACGGGAACUACCAGACCCAGGCCAACGGCAUUCUGGGAAAGACCCGGACCGUGACGGGGGCCAGCUUUGUGGUGUUCAAUGGAGCUCUGAAAGCCUCUUCGGGUUUCAUGGCCAGGUCCAGCAUUGUUGAAGACGGACUGAUGGUUCAGAUCACGCCCGACACUAUUGAAGGCUUGCGCCAAGCCCUGAAGGAGCAGAGAGACUUCCAGAUCCCCUGCGGGAGGGCCGACUCCGUGGGGACGCGGGAGAACAUCAAUGUGCGCUGGGUGGACCGUAUGCCUCUCACUAAUGUGGGAGUGACCAGUCCUGUGGACGGCAGGUCACUGGACGAGGCCCUGAGGGUUCUCAUGGAGCAUGACACGGAGUUCCAGAGGGACGGCAAGGCCAUAAAGUGCACUGAGGUGUUCUACCUGCCGAAGGCCCCGGGCUGCCCUGUCUCGGCUGUGCCGUUGCCGCUCGGCCGUUUGCAGCAGGAAAUCGCCAGGGCAACCUGCGCAGCCCUGUGCCCCAACCUCACCGUGCUAAAGGACCAGGGCAUCAACUGCCUGGGCCUCCGCGUCUCAUCUGACACAGACAUGGUGGAGUACCAGGCGGGCUCCGCAGGGCGUGUCCUGCCCCAGCGCUACAUGAACGAUCUGGACGGUGCCUUGAUCCCGGUCAUCCACGGCGGGGCCUCCAGCAUCCCGCCACAGCCCGCGGACAUGGAGCUGCUCUUCUACGUCGCCGAAACCAUCUGAGUCUCCCAGCACUGACCCUCUGUAAGAGCCUUAUCGGGGGGGGGGGUGUGGGUCACCCCACAGGAGUGUGGGCUGGAACCUUCCCCGUGCAGAGACCGGUGGUCAACCUAGCCCCCGACGGGACAGUUCUCCGCUCCCUCGCGCUAAACCCGAACACAGGUGUCCCACGGGAGGUGCUCAGUGAGCUCCUGCAAAACUUCACAGGAAUGUGGAGAUUGAACCCGCGUCAAACACUCAAGAGCGGUUGCGUGUAAGUUAUUGAAAAUGCGAAAAUGCUCAACCUCCCCGAACACUUGACCCUUAAGAAUAAGAAGGACCGAAAACCAGGAGACAGCUGUCAGGAAGAAUGGUUCCCCCUUAGGCCUUUAUGGCCAUUCAUGGGAAAUUGCUGAAAGUAUACCAACCACGACUGUGUAAAGCAGCAGUUUAGGGGUUUUAACUUUAAACGUGUAAAGCAAGUACAGGUACAUAAGUGUGCACUGCUAAAAAGGCAAGGCAGUUGUAGCUAAGCUAGCCUGUGUACAGAGAUGCUUCCCUCAGUUUCGAUGCUGGGAUUUGAUCUUGAAAUGUGAUUUAGGCUCAUCAUCACCACAUUUUAACAACAGUGGUAAGCAAGCAUACUAAACUAGAAAUGUUUGUACAGUCAGGUCUAUAAAUAUUUGGACAUUGACAAAGUUAUUGCUACCACAGCAUAUUGGAGUUGAAAUUAAAUAAUGAAUAUGAGCAGAGCAAAGUGCAGACCUUCAGCUUUAAUUUGAAGGUAUUUACAUCCAAAUCGGGUGAACGGUGUAGGAAUUACAGCACUUUGUAUAUGUGGUCCCCCCAUUUUUAAGGGACCGAAGGUAAUUUGACAAUUGGCUGCUCAGCUGUUCCAUGGCCAGGUGUGUUAUUCCCUCAUUAUUUCAUUUACAAGUAAGCAGAUAAAAGGUCUAGAAUUGAUUGCAAGUGUGGCAUUUACAUUUGGAACCUGUUGCUGUUAACUCUCAAUAUGAAGUCCAAAGAGCUGUCACUGUCGGUGAAGCAAACCAUCAUUAGGCUGAAAAAAAAAACCCAUCAAAGAGAUAGAAAAAACAUUAGGUGUGGCCAAAUCAA